GGGACGGAAAACGCGUGGAUGGAACGUGUGUAGCCGGCACGUAGCUCUACCUCGUGAUCUCCUGAUUAGAAGACUUCUCUCAUGGUUCUACCACCACAGAGGCAGGAUCUGGAAGAAGACAGGAUGAUCAACAUACAACACGACCUGCUACAUACUACACUUGGAUGGUUGUUAUAUUGCCAGGAGGAAAG